AUGUCUUUCUGGGGUUUGCGCUCGUGCCUGUUGGGCGUCGCAUUGGGAUCUGCCUGGUCCGCAAACUGCAAGUACCCUGGGGGCGAGUGCUAUGAGUUGAAACUUCAAAAAUGCCAGGGCUCAGACAAUUGGACCAUUCACGGCCUGUGGCCUGAGUGGGACAAUGGCUGUCCUGGAUCGCAGUUUGAUAUCACUGCCCUAGCAUCCAUGCGGUCCGAUUUGGACCAGAAGUGGAUGUCUUGCCCCGAGUUUGGUGAAUCCAACGAGAAUUUCUGGAAGCACGAAUGGGAAAAGCAUGGGACGUGCUCUGGAAUGCAAGAGGCUAGCUUCUUUCAAAAGGGUUUGCAGCUCUACGACCAGUACAAAGUCAAAUGUGCCAGUGGGAACGACGGAAAGGAGUGUGCAGUCUGUUUCAACAAGGACCUUGCCACUCUGGAGACGUGCCCCAGCGAAGCAUGGCUCACUGUAUGA